AUGGAAAUCCAGGUUGGCAGCGAGAGCGCGAGAGACCUAAAAAAACAGAUGCAGAGAAUGGAGAUGAUGGAGGAGGAGGAGGGUAAUAGGAAUAGGAAGGGGGAGGUUAGCGUGGAAGAAGGAUAUAGAGAAAACAAGAUAAAGAAAGCAAGGCUGCAGUCGACGCUGGUUGCCCUUGUGGAUGAUCCUAUACUCUCCGAUGUUCCCAAAAACCCAACCUUAUCCGAUGUCGACACCCUCAUCUGCCUCGAAUUGGGCAGCGCCAUGCGCAUCUCUGUCCUCAAGCUGGACGCCACCGCUUUCGAUGUGGCGCUCAUGAAUUCUGCUACCGUCAAGGACCUUAAAGUUGCAAUAAAAAAGAAAAUCAACGACAUGGAGCAAUCCAAGAUGGGUCACCGCCACAUUUCAUGGAAGCACGUGUGGGGGAAUUUUUGCCUCUCAUACCAUAAUGACAAGCUACUUGAUGACAAUGCUGCACUUCAGGAUUAUGGCAUACGCAACAAUUCUCAGGUGCAUUUUGUUCCUUAUGUUGCGCUCAAGGAUUCGCAUAGGCAUUCAAAGAGGAGGAGACACCGCUUCUUUCAUGGCCUUAGCAAGCUUUCUUGA